AUGAAAAAGAGAAAUUUGAACCUACAGUUUUUCGGGACACCAUCAUCCAGGGACUCAAUGAAGCAGGAAACGAAUUGGAAGCAGUAGCCAAAUUUCUUGAUACGACAGGAUCGCGAUUGGACUACCGCCGCUAUGCCGAUACAUUGUUUGACAUUCUCAUAGCUGGGAGCAUGCUUGCUCCGGGAGGCACUCGAAUCGAUGAUGGAGACAAAACCAAGGUGACCAGUCAUUGUGUCUUUGGCGCAAACGAAGACUAUGAGACCAUAAGGAAUUAUGCCCAGGUCUUCAGCAAACUAAUCAGAAGAUACAAAUAUCUGGAGAAAGCCUUUGAAGAGGAAAUAAAAAAGCUUCUGCUUUUCCUCAAGGCGUUUUCUGAAGCGGAGCAGACCAAGUUAGCUGUGCUGACCGGGAUAUUACUGGCCGGUGGGACGCUCCCAGCCACCAUUUUAACAAGUCUGUUUACUGAAAAUAUAGUGAAAGAAGGUAUUUCUGCGUCUUUCGCUGUAAAACUCUUCAAAGCAUGGAUGGCGGAGAAGGACGCCAACUCUGUUACAUCAUCCUUAAGAAAAGCCAAUCUGGAUAAGCGAUUACUAGAACUGUUUCCGGCCAAUCGCCAAACAGUUGAACAUUUCUCGAAGUAUUUCACUGACGCCGACCUGAAGGAACUUUCUGACUUUCUGCGGGUCCAACAAUCUCUGGGAACACGGAAGGAGCUGCAGAAGGAGCUACAAGAACGUUUAUCUCAAGAAUGUCCAAUCAAAGAGAUAGUCCUGUACUUAAAAGAAGAGAUGAAACGUAACGAGAUCCCGGAGCCGGCGGUGAUCGGCCUCCUGUGGACGUGCGUGAUGAACGCCGUGGAAUGGAAUAAGAAAGAAGAGCUGGUGGCCGAGCAGGCGCUGAAGCACUUGAAGCAAUAUGCUCCUCUAUUGGCCGUAUUCAGCACCCAGGGCCAAUCAGAGCUCGUCUUACUGCAGAAAGUUCAGGAAUACUGCUACGACAAUAUCCACUUCAUGAAGGCCUUCCAGAAGAUCGUGGUCCUGUUCUAUAAAG